AUGAAACGUGCAAGACAGACACCUCCGGAUGCCGAGCCUAUUGAAGAACAUGAUAGUGGUUUUGUGGGACCUAUGACAUUAUUUGACACAUUCCCACAUAAUGAUACGUUUGCCGAAACACAUACUUUAGAGUUACUACCCAACCCUACUACCGAGAAUGCCGAAAUCUAUACAUUUAUGCAUAAUCGACAAGAUUAUGGUGUAAUAGAUAUGGUUGAUGCAAAACUAUCAGCAAAUUUAUGUGUUGCUGUAACGAUUGGUGGUGCAGCACCUGCCGCCGAUCGAAAUGUAUGCGUUAAUAUGGCGCCAUUACGUUACGGUUGGAAAACCAAAGCGGUAUAUUUAAAUAACCAAUUAAUUACACCACAAUCAAGUAAGGAGAACGAACUUGAGUUUACUCACGAUUUCCUAACCACUGUACCCUCGGAGUACCUCAACGAUAAGAAUAUUAAUUUAAUGAUCCGAGACACACCCGGCUCAAUGGAUACAACCGCACAUGUCUAUGAUGGUGCUGCGGGUAAUAAUAAUUUGGGUGCGCGAGCAAGAUAUAAUCAAAUUCAUGAAGAUACCGUAUUUCGAUGUAUUGAUAAACUCGAUGUGUUGGGGCGUGUUAAACGUUACGUACCUACAUCGUUUGAUAUCAAAGUGGUUUUAACCCGAUUGGAGAAAAAUAAAGUCUUGUAUGGUACGGCUGCACAUUGCGGAUUAGUGGAAUUGAAAAUGGCGGAUUUAAAAUUAACCAUGCCCAUUUUAAAACCAAACGCGCAAUUAUCGGCAGCAAUCAAUGAUUUGAUGAUUCAAAAAGGUGAAGAAUGUCGCUAUUAUAAAAUUACACAUCGGUAUGUUGCAAUACCCGUCCCUAUCAAUAGUCGUCACAUUCAACACAAAGAUAUUUUCAAUGGUGCACGACCUGCGCGUCUUGUGACAAAAAUUAUAUCACAAACUCGUUACAACGGGUCGUUUGUAUUAUCACCAUUUUCAAUACCUUUCCCCAAUAUUACACGUUUCGCUGUAAGCAUCAAUGAAGCUGAAGUACCACCGGUAAUUACUCAUUCAAAAGAGGCAUACAUUAAUUUACGUCAAGUAUUGGAUCGACGUCAUAGCGAAAUGCCUUGCACAUAUGAUGAGUAUGUAUCAGAUUACGGGAUGAUUGUUACGGAUUUAUCACCGAAUCGUGAUGGUUUUUCACAAGUUUUACCCAAUUCGACAAGUGGAAAUUUGGGGGUGAAGAUUGAUUUUGCAGCCGACACCGUCGCGGCACAACAGCUAAUUUGUAUCGGUGAAUUUAGAAAUCAGUUGAGUGUUGGUUUUGGUACACAGGCACGUUUAAAAUACGAAGUAUAA